UAACGUUAACCCAAAUGUCCCCUCUUUUUAAAUGCCCUUCAUCAUUACACUCCCUCUUACUUAAUAACUAGCCGUUACGUAUCUAUCUCUCUAUCUCUCUUGCUCUCUGUCUCAUGGCAGCUUCGGUAGAUUCUCCAUCUCCUUCCCACGUCAACAAGGAGAACACAAGCUUCACGGUUUCUUCUCCACUCUUCAGUCCCGCCUCCGACAAGCGUUUUUGGAGCUCUCUCCGUAGCCGAAUCGACUCUCUUCUCGAGAAUCGACAAUGCAAGGUUUCUAUUGCCCAAGAUCAGCUUGAUCCUGACCCUGCUUCAACCAGUGCUCAUUUGAGCGUAAUAGGAGAAUCAGAUCGAGCUAAGAGAAUGAAGGAAGACUCUUUGCUUUUGAUUAGAGGGUUUGAUUCUAUUGCUCACACCCUGUCUCAGCUCUCUAACAAUCUGGACAAUGCUCUUCAGGGAGCUAGAUAUCUAUCUGAACCACCCACUUUGAGUGAAAUAUUCCGAAGCAAUCUCCAAAACGCAGAAAUUAAACAAGAAGAUUUGGAAAAGCAACAAAAUAGAGGAAAAGAGGAACAGAAAGGUGAAGGAGAGGAGACAAAUAAAGGAUUGAAAAGGAAGUUCGAUCAAACUGGUAACUCAGUAGAUCAAGAAAGUGAUUCACAGAAGGAAACUGAGGAGAGCCCUAAAGAUAAUAAGCUGAAGAAAGCCAAAAAUCUUGCUGUUUCCAUGGCAACAAAAGCAGCUUCACUUGCAAGAGAACUGAAGUCAUUAAGAUCUGAUUUAUGCUUCGUGCAAGAGAGAUGCUCUCUUCUUGAAGAAGAAAACAGGAGACUUCGAGAUGGAUUUUCGAAAGGGAUCAGACCAGAAGAAGAUGACCUGAUGAGGCUUCAAAUGGAGGCUUUGCUUGCUGAAAAGUCUAGAUUAGCAAAUGAGAAUGCAAACCUGAUAAGGGAAAACCAAUGCCUGCACCAACUUGUAGAGUACCACCAACUUACUUCCCACGAUCUCUCUGCAUCUUAUGAUCAACUUAUUCAGGGAAUGUGCUUAGACUUUUCUUCUCCAUUACCUUCCCCAAAAGAGGAAAAGGAACAUAAUGAAGCUGAAAAAGAAGACCUGCAAACGCCAGGGACAAAUAUUUUGGGCUUUUCAACAUCUCUUGAAAAGUGUUUUCAUGAAGAACAGAUGUAGUCCGGUUCUGCAAUAAUAAAAGGGACGGCCAUGGUGUUGGCGUUAAAUUUCAUUUGGGGUUUUGAUGCCAGUUCCUGGAACUGUGAAUUUUGUGCUGUCUUUCUCUGUUAAACUUAGAAGGAGCAGCAGACUAGAUAAUGACUGUUCAAGAAAUGAGGCCGUGGUUUUUGUUUAAAGCAUUCACUUAGGUUUUAACUUGGGGUUGUGAAUUUUUCAAAUGUCUUCCCGACGGCAAUGCUGUAAUACUGUUUCUUUAAGGAUAUCAUCAGAAUAAAGAAAGUGAUUUGAAUUC